CUUCAGCAUUUCAGUAUGCGUCAGCUGUGCUAGGGAGAAGGGAAAAAAAAAGCACUGAAAGAAAAUGUGUUAGUUGGAAGAAAAUAAUCUGCAGAGCCUCCAGAACAUUGAGAGCAACUAUUUGCAUAGUUUUGAUGCUAUUUCUUCCUUUUCUCAGUUUUUCUCUUUCUCUGCAGUACAGAGAACGAUGGAUGUCUGGUAUUUAUUGCCUACAGGAGUACUAUGUGUUGUUGCAGUCUUUAUAGCGCCUUCCUCAUCCCUCAUAGCAACCAGUUCUACAGGCAGAUAUAAGACAGUCCAUGUACUUGAGGGUGAAAGUGGAACUGUCCUUGUUCAGACAGCUCCAGGAAAGGUGGUCACUCAUCGUGGUGGGACCAUUAUUCUUCCCUGCCGGUACCACUAUGAACCGUCGGAAGAGAGUUCAGAUGACAUUCGCAUCAAAUGGACCAAAGUUACAGAACCCAUGAUGUUUACUGAUGUUUUUGUUGCCAUGGGGAAGCAAAGUAAGGCAUUUGGUAGUUAUCAAGGUCGAGUAUUUCUACAGCUGGAUGGAAGUGGGGAUGCCUCCCUGAUUAUCCAGAAUGUCACCCUGGAAGAUUAUGGGAAGUAUGAAUGUGAAGUAACAAAUGAACUGGAAGAUGACACUGGGAUAGUGAAACUGGACUUGCAAGGUGUGAUAUUUCCAUACCACCCUCGGCUUGGUCGCUAUUCUAUGAAUUUUCAUGAUGCACAGAAGGCUUGUUUGGAGCAGGAUGGGAUACUAUCAUCGUAUGACCAAAUCCAUGCAGCAUGGUUGGAGGGGAUGGAUUGGUGUAAUGCAGGAUGGCUGGAGGAUGGAUCUGUGCAGUAUCCUAUCUCCAAACCACGGGAAGAAUGCGGCAAAAAGGAGACAGCAGUAGGAGUCAGAAAUUAUGGGUAUCGACACAAAGAGGAUGAGCGAUAUGAUGCCUUCUGCUUUACAUCAAAUUUGAAUGGCAAAGUUUAUUUCCGGAAGACUGCUAGAAAAUUAAACUAUGUUGAAGCAGUGAUAAUGUGUGAGUUGGAAGGUGCCGCUAUAGCAAAGGUAGGACAGCUAUAUGCAGCCUGGAAAAUUCAGCUCUUGGAUCGUUGUGAGGCUGGAUGGGUCGAUGAUGGCAGUAUUCGAUAUCCCAUUGUAAAUCCCAGAAAAAGAUGUGGUGGACCUGAACCUGGAGUAAGAAACUUGGGCUUCCCAGAUAAGAAAUAUCGGCUUUAUGGAGUUUAUUGUUACAAAAAGGGAGACAAAAGCUCUCAGAAUGUGAUUAAUAAAGACAUGAUUCAGAGGACUGUAAAUAAAGUAUAACAUGAUAAGUGCUAACAAAACCUUACAAUGUUAUUAGUGCAAUAAUAUUAACAUCCUAAACCAGGGAUCUACCACCAUGAUUGCCAAAUACACCAGUAUGGGAACUCUUUUAUUAAAUGGUGCACGUAACACUUCAGAGGUAAUGCUGUAUUAUAAAUAAUAAUAAUUAUAAUAAUCAUAAUCAUACUGUGAACAGCUGGCCUAUGCAUCCUCCUAUUUUUCUUUAGCUCCUCAUAUUUUCACCCAGAGUGGUAAACACCAUUAUGUCUAUGCUUGCGUUCUGACUACAAGUGCUAGCAUGUAAGCAACUACCUUCAGUAUCAGAGUCAGUUUAUAGUGUUUUAUAAAUUUAGGCAGAGAACAAGGGAAUUCUAAACAGUAAGAGCCAGAUAUUCCAAGAUGAUUGGCAUCUCAUAUCAAUAGCAUACCUGAUUUGCAUCCCUUAAUUACAUUUGAUGUCAGAUACUGUAGAUUAUAUCUGAUUUGAUACUGUAGUCCUUUACAGAGACAUGGGAUUCUAAUAUUAGAACAUGUUGCAUAGUCCUUAUUGAUGUGAUGUGGCAGAUGAACUAUUCUGAAGCCUGAUGCUUUGAAUUUCUAAGGAUUCAUUCCCCAGUUUAGGAAGAAAAACAAGAUGUUAAGUUUUUAUACUCUUAAGCUUCUUGUCCCAGUACUGACAAAGUCCAAACUUCACUUCCAUGACUUAAGCAAUAGACAAAUACUCCCUUGGUACCAUCUAACUCCAUUAUUCAGCAAUAGUUUCCCUUUCCCAGUACUGCACCAUGGAGUGUCUGCAGACAAUAUAAUUACACUGUAGUUAAUGUGAACAGUAUAAGAUACAAAGUACAUGUUGCUAUGGACUUCACCGUAUGUAGCGUGUUAUAGCGCUUUGCCCAUAUCUGCAUAUCUGGUGUGAGAUGCAAAGCUACUUUCCAUAUAUAGAGUGUAUGUGUGAUACUAUACAAUAUAUAUAUGAACAAGUUGUGCCAAACAGAGCAUCAGUUCACUAUGCAGGUAUUAUAACAAAUUCAAUGUGAAAAAUGUUUCACCAUUGCGGUUAGUGUUGAUGAACAAGGUUGAGAAAAUCUGAAGGGAUUUUCUGGAAGCUGUUGGGGCUGAAACCAUGAGGGCUGCACUUGGGCAAAGGACUGAAAAUACACAAGACGUAUUAAAGUGACAUGAAUCCAGGAUCUCACCUCCAUCUUUCCUGCAUACCUCUCAACUUCUUAUCUUAAGAAAUGUGGACAAUCCAACAAUAAUGGGGAGGACAGAGGCCCAAAAAUAAGGACAGUUUUCAAAUAUUGCUCUUAUAAACUUAGAAAGUUGCUUGAAUGUUAGGUUUUGACUUAACUUCCAUUUUCUGAAGGAAAUAAAGUCAGAAAGUCAAAAAUGUAUAAUUAUUAGUGAUUUUAGUCCUCAAUGGUUUGCCAGAAAGCCACAAAUUGUAUGAGGAGAAGACCAAAAAUUUGAGCAAAAAUCUGGACCGUUGAGAGGCAUACUUCUGAUUUGCAGUUGAUAUCUCAUUUUGUAUACUUUUCAGUAUACUGUAUUUAGCAUUGGCUGGCCCAUACAGAGAUAUGCCAUUUUUCACCAUCCUCUUUAAGCAAUGUCAGGUAUAAGGCCUCAAAGUAAAAGGAGUGGGAGGCACAUGUUCUUUAGCCAUGUAUUUCACAUCACUCAGUUCAUAAAAAGAAAGGGGUAUAAGACACAUAUGCUUUGGCCUUGUACCUCACACUAUCCAGUCCAUAACUGGAAAGCGGUCUGAGGCAUAUAAUCUUAGGUGUUGUACUUCACAUCAUCCACUCUAUAAAAAGAAAGAUAUCUAAAGCACAUACUCAGGCAUUCAUCAACAACACUACUUAACUGAGCCAGCGAGCUGUACUUCACAUUAUCCAGGCCAUAAAAGUAAAAGAGAUCUGAGGCAAAUGCUCUUUGGCCUAAUGCAUCGCACUGCUCCUGCCACCUCCUCUGAACACUAAUUAUGCGCAGUGUUUUAAUAAAAACAAAUUACUUAAUUUUGUGUUUGGUACUUGCAGAGUCCAACAGUUCUGUAUAAGUCAGACACAAAAUAAUUACAUUUAAGUGCCAGAAUAACAAUUCAAAUGUAGAAUAUAAAAGCAUAAGUAUAGAAUUCUGUCCUAAGUUUAGAAUGCAAAAUUAGAAUCUUGGAAUGUAAAAUGUGGGAAUUUAGACCCUGAAGUACAGAGAAAAAUAUGAGAUGCUGAACAUGGAAAAGGAAAUAUAGGGCACAGAAUCUGGAAUGCAGAAAUGUAGAAAUUGUGGAAUUUGCUAUAAUAAUGAAAAAAAUAGUUUUAACAGGCAGCAGUAUAAAUAACAUUGUAGACUGACUGGUUGUUGGUGCAUUAGUCCAGAAUGGAAUUUUUCUCCAUUUCCUGCCUUUGAGUUUAAUGGUAGCUUUUAUCAGCAAACAAAAAGCAAAAUGGCUGCUGAAAAAGAAGAUACGAACAGUUGCAUGAGUGCAUGCUUAUUACAGAAAGUUAUAAAUAUCCUUUGAAGUGAAGAAUUGUCAGAAAUUUUGCUCCAUUUGUUUUCACAUUUUCAAAUGGUGUUGCAUUAAACUAAUACAAAAAAUGUGAUGCCUAUCAUAAUGAGAUUUACUUUUGUCUCUCUGUAUGCACUUCUGUAAUUAAAGCACUUUCCUUUUCAGGUCAGUGUUCCAUUUUUUUUCUAUUUCUUUUUUGAUGCGUCAAACAACAACUAUCGCUCUGAUCAUAGUAAACACUGUCAUUCCUACAACUCUACAAUUAAAGUUUGUACAGUGUA